AUGUCAUUGAGCAAUUGUGACAACGACGAAGCGAAAGGAAGUAUGAGACCUAUCCUCUUAUUGGAACAUGCUGACAAUGUUGACGGCUCCUCCGAAAGCCAGGAGAUCGCAACAAGGAUGAAGACGAGGUGGAGGAGAUUUCUAGGGCAGAUAUCUGUGCAAGCGCCUCUCAUGCAGACUCUCCAAAGGUUGGUAUCUCUUUUGAAACGAGCUGUGGAUCGACUAACACACAUUCAGGAUCUCCACAUGUCCAAAACUACCUUCCCUUUCCUCAAACUCCCAGCCGAAAUCCGCGUCAUGAUCUAUGGCAUAGUCCUCAAACCGUCUAAACUACGCGUCUAUAUCGAUGACUUCGAAGCUCUCUACAACGAUGUUAUGGAACUCGCAGCUGACCGCGUAUACCUACCUAUCAUCCGGGGACAAAGGACGGCUCGAAAUCUUCUUACGACCAAUAGACAGACCCGGAUCGAAAUGGCGGCGAGGCUAUUUCAACUCACUUGUUUGGACUUGACGACUGGCACCGUAUGCUUACAGACUACCCUCAGAGUCUUGCAUGUAAUUGGUCGCUUCGGCAGAGAUAACAUAAGGACAAUCUCUUUGCGCUGGAUCGAUUCUUCUUGGGCAAAUACGUCUUGGACAAAUACGAGGCGCUACAACGUAGAUACAGCUAAGGAGGUUGCUUGUCUACUCAAGAAUUGCCCGAAGCUGAAGACGCUUAAGACCAAAAUGCCAGCAUCGCAUUGGGGAGAACUGGAAAUUUCUGCUAAGCCGUUUGGGAUGCAUCAUGCGCUCGACGCGCUCCACUCCAUCGACCACGUCCCGGAAGCCCAUCUCCUAGGGGGGUGUUCACGACUGGUUAUUGGAGAGCAUGAAGCCGUCGGGAAGGAGUGGCUGGGCGGAAAAUUGAGGCUUCAAUUCGAGAGUGCAGCAUCGGAUGAUCGGGGAUCGAUUGCGAAAGUAAGGCUUUGA